AUGUACGGUGCGCCCACCAGUCCCCCACCAACAGGUCCUCUCCCAUAUCCAGAUCAGGCGAGAUAUAGCUUCCAACCCGCUCCAGCACCAGUCAAGGCAGGCUCAAGUCGGUCUAACACACCGCAGCAGGCCGCCGAGGAGGGGCGAGCGCCGGGUCCGCCGGGCGCGAGGAGGCAGAGUAUGGCUGGGUCGGAUACAUCCUCCGGUGCUGGUGGAGGUGGUGCGAGACGAGCACGCUUUGACGCCGCGGAUCCGCAUAGGCCUACGGUGGGCGGGUAUGGCCAAUCGCCUCCUCCGCAGCAGAGCAAGUUGGCCGAACGGAGAGGCACGCCGGCGAAGAACAUCUUCCCACCGGACUCACCUGGCGGCCCGGAGCCGCCACACAAGAGCGACGACGAGGACGAGCAUGACGAAGGUGGUACCCUCUUCUCCAUACCCGUGCUGGGCAGGACGAAGACGGGCGCGCCUGCUACGCCGGCCGAGCAGCCGGAUUAUCAACACUACUACCCUCCACCCUUGACGUCGGGUACGGGUGCGCCCGCGGCGAGUACGAGUCAAGGCACGCCCGCGGAUGGACGGAUGCACAUCCCGGAUCCGGCAGGUAUCAAUCGCCUGAGCAGUACAGCGUCCAAUGCCACCACGCGCGCGAGCAGAGGAAGCCCGCCGCCGCCGGAGACACCGAUUGAUCCCUCCCCUAUGACUAAUGUGGGUUUGACGGGCAUUGAGGCGCGGUAUGCAGCUUCUGGAAUCCCGGGCACCGACACGCUCAACGAGAUGCAAGCUCAGAGCGCCGCGGCGGCUGCACGGAGAGCGGAGUAUCAACAACGCCAACCGCAACCGCAACCGCAGCGGCAAGCGACACCGACCCAACGACAAGGGACGCCAACCCAACGGCAAGCUACACCGACCCAACGACACACCACCCCACUCGCUCAGCCACAGCCUCAAGCUCAACCUGGCGCCCGCUGGAGCCCCACCGAACGCCCCGGCUCCACCCCACACAACGCCCACCCACCCGUCGCAUUCCACGGCGUGGAAGAAGUGCGCUCAUCAGGCGCCGAGUCCUCACAACGAGCCACCUAUCCUCGUCCACCCCAGCCCUCCGCCGCAGCGAUCGAAGAAGGCGUGGCGCAUCUGGGCGUACAUGAAGAGCCUCCACCUGCUUACAGUCCGCCUGCGCCGGGGAGCGUGCAUAGUCCGUAUCCGAACGAGAAGGGGUUGAGGCAUGAUAAUGUGCUUGGCGGCGAUGGUGUGGUGGGAGGCGCAGGGGCGCAAGACCCGAAGUUGACGCAAGCGCAAGAUCCGAAUUUGCGUCAGCAUCCGGCGUUUGCGAGUAACGUGCAGCAACUCGAUGGCGCACCCUCUUCUUCCUCCUCCUCCUCCACGCCACACCCCGCCCUAGCCGCGCAACCAAACGGCACCAGCACACCCCACGGCAUGCACCCCCUCAAUAUCGCGCAAGCGAACCAACAACAGAACAUCUCUCCCGGACCCGCCUCCCCGCCUCCCUUACCAGAAGGCUGGAUCGCCCACCUCGACGCCAACUCGGGCCAAUACUACUACAUCCACCUGCCCACCCAAAGCACGCAAUGGGAAUUCCCCAAAGGUCCCACCCCCUUGAACCUGCAAGAACCGCUCAGCCCUGUCGGCGGCGGCGGCGCAGCAGGCAACCCCUUCGCCCACUCCCACUCCCUCGCCUCACCCGUCGGAUCAGUGUUUAAGCAACCCCUCGCCUCCCCCGGCUUUGCCAACCACGGCCAUCCGGUCCCGCAAUCCGCGACGUUUGAUCCGCGGAAUAGCAUGCUCUCCAUGACGUCUCUGUCCUCCCCAACCGCUACAGCAGGGUUUUCCGGUCCGCCGCCGAGUGCGGGAGUGGAUAUGUAUAAAGUCGCCCCUACUAAUGGCGUGUAUUUUGGUCCGUACCUGCGGUAUACGAACCUUGAUCUCGAGCGUGGACUAUGGUUGGGAAGUAUCAUGCUCAUCACCGAUGCCGCGCAGCCGCCCACGAUACACAUCCACCAAUCCCUUGACCUGAGUCCGAACCCGAGACAACUCAAAGCACAUCCCAUCCACUCUCAUCAGCGAUGGAUCUUCUACCGCUACGACGUCGACCUACGCAUGGAGGAGUCCGGGCCGGCGAAGUGGACGUACGCCAUCACGUCCCACCUGGGCUGCACCCGCUACGAAUUCCUCGUAGCCGGCCGCUGGGAGCACAACUGGCGUUUCGUCGCCCACAGCGGCAACGACUUCGCCCUCAACGUCUCCGCCAACGAACGCUCGCGCCUCGGCGGGGUUGGGUUGAUGUGGCGCGACGUCCUGCUCAAACACGGCGAGUGCGGCGGCUUUCACGUGCAGAUCGGUCUCGGAGGGCAGAUCUACGCGGAUCGCUUGUGGAAGGACGUCCCCGCUUUGCGGCAGUGGACUCAGAUGAGUGGGAAGGAGAAUCGGAAGAAUUUCCCUUGGAGUCCGAAGUUGGACGAGGAUGUGAGUCAUGCGUAUUUCCACUACUAUACGUCUCAUUUCGACCAGCCGGCCAUCCGGGAGGCCUUCGCGCAGAUCCCGCAUAUUUGCUGUUUGGACGAUCAUGAGAUCUUCGACGGGUUUGGAUCGUACCCGGAGUAUAUGCAAGCGUCGCAUGUGUUCAAGGGACUGGGGCGGUUGGGGACGGAGAUGUACCUGUUGUUCCAACAUCACACCACGCAUGAGAUUCUGCGGGCGGUGGGGAACGACAUCGACCUCUUCACCAUCACCGGCACGGGCUGGCAUUUCGUCAAAUACCUCGGGCCCGGCGUCGUGGUCGUGGGGCCCGAUACGCGGAGUGAGAGGAGUACGAAUCAAGUCCUCGCCGGACCGACCUAUCAGGGCCUUUUCCCCAAAAUCGCCAUGCUGCCGCCCAGCGUCCAACACGCGCUUUGGCUGCUCCCCGUGCCGCUCGUGUACCCGCGCUUGGAGGCGGUGGAGCAGGUGGCGCAGGUGGCGGAGAGGGGGAAGAAGAUGGUUACGGGCGGGUUUAAUAUGCUGGGGAAGGUUGCGGGCGGGGUGGCGGGGGUGGUCGGGGCGAAGGGGGUGGUGCAGGGCGGGUUUGAGGGGGUGAAGAGGGCGGUGGGGAAGAGUGGGUUGAUGAGUAGUGUGCUCAGUCCGUUUGGGGAGGUGGAGGUGUUGGAUGAGUUGCGGGACUUGUGGACGCAUGAGAGUAAAGACCUGGAACGGACCUACAUCAUCCGCACGCUCCAAGGCAUCGCCCACAACAAAUCCCUCCGCAUGACCUUCCUCUCCGGCAGCGUCAACACCUGCGGCGCCGGCCUGCUCCACGACCCGGCCCACCCGCGCGACCACAAAACCAUGUACCAACUCAUCACCUCCUCCAUCGUCAACGCGCCGACCCCCUCCUACGUCCUGAAACUCCUCAACAACGCCUCCUCCUCCUCCUCCGCCGCCAACAACAAAGCCUACUACAUCCCCGCCAACGGCCACCGGUCCGCGCCCGGCGCCGUGACGGACACAAAGGAGGAUAUGAUGGAGAUUUUCGCCGCGGAUGUCGAUGGCCGGCCGCGGGAGAUGAGGCGGUUGAUGGGGAGGCGGAAUUAUCUGGCGUGUGUGGUUUUCGAUCCGGAGGCGGUGCAGGGGUCUUUUCACGGGCAGGAGGUGGGAGGGGAGAAGGGGCACGGACACGGACAGGGGCAGGGGCUGGGGAGGUUGAGUUUGGCGGCGGAUUUCAUGGUGCAAGGGGCGGGGGAUGCGGGGGCGGGGUUUGCGGCGACGCCGUUGAAGUAUGGGCCGGUUAUUGUGCCUAGUUUGGAGUAUGGGCGGUGA